ACCAUAUCAACCAAGCUCCGCCCUCACACAACCACAAUAAUAAUAAUAAUAUCCAAUCAGUCUCUCAGCUACGUAUUGCAAAUCCUAGAGAGGGAUUGAAUCGCAUGUAUGAAGCGGUUCUUCCCGGAGCUCACUUCAUGCUUCACUGCUGCACCUGCGGUUCAUACCAUCGCCGACGAGGCCCCCAGCCGUCGUCGCCGCAUGACGCAACCUAAAUCCAGAAAAAACUGGCGCCCCGCGCUUGCAGCCAUUGACGAAGACGCUUCGGUUCGUGAAGCGCGAAAGCAGAACGCUCAAACGCCCGCUGGGUUCAGAUCGGAGAAGAAACCGUUGAUUAGAAGCAAAUUGGUGGGGAAAAAUCGGUCGGAUUCGUAUGAGUCUGAUCACCGAUUUAACUGCAGGAAAUCGAAUCAUGCAUUAGCGCUUCCAGCUUUUUCACCAACACCGUUUGUGUUUUAAUUUUCGUGAUUAGUUAUCGUCUUCUCCGUUCUAGUUAUCCAUCCCCACAAUCUAUGUAUAAUAUGAAACAGUGAAUAAUUUUCCAUUUCUGUAAAUUUUAGUGGGAGGAAAUGGAAUCAUGAAGCUUGUUAAUAACUGGAUUUUUAAAAUUUGUGUUUAUGUUAUUUAGGUUGGUGAAUUCAAGCCAACCAAUGACAUAUUUGGUGUUUAAUUUGUU